ACCACCCCUUUCACUCAGUCAGCAAAGUUCUGCCAGGUCUUGUUUCAGACUCUGGGGUAACAGUCAGAACGGCUUAUAUUCUGGUGGGGAGGUAGACAGAAAAUGAGGUACACAAAUACAUAACUAAGAUAGUUUCGGGCAGUGGCAACUGUUAGGAAGACUGCGAUGUGGGGUGGUGUAACAGAGGGUGGUCAGAGAGGUCCCACGGGGAGCGACUUAUGAGCUGAGAUCUAAAUAAGGCACUGCCUCCUAGAGUGCUGGGGAAGAGGGGUCCACGGAGGAGAAACAGCCAGGGCCCUGGCCUGAGGCCAUGAAGCUGGUGAGCUUGGGGCACAGCCAGUGUGAGCGGGGCAGGUGGAGCUGAGGUCUGGGGUGGAUGGGCAGGGUCCAGGUUCUGGGCUGCUGGGACGAGAUUGGGUCCCAUUUCCUUGGGAAUCUAUAAGUUUCCUCCUACCCCGUCCUACUGUACUUAUUUAUUUCCCCCUCUAUUUCUUUGGUAUCAUUUAAUCUGUGAAUAUGUCAGUUUGUAUCUCUAAAAUGUAAGGCGUCCUUUGAAAAGUAUGUACCAACCACAAUACAUCAUCACAUUUAAAAAUAUUAACUGUAAUUCCUUAAUAUCAUGGAAUAUUCAGUUAGUGAUCACAUUUCGGGGGAGAGUUUCAAGGGCAGGAACACGGCCCAGUCUGCCCCUUACCGCCUCAGUCCUGGUUCCAGGAAGGCUGGAGCCCCCGGAUUCCUAAGCAUCACAGCAGAGCGGCAGAAAGACCACAUACUCACCCACUGAGGCUAACCCUGAAGGCUAGUGCUGACGGGCAUCUGCACGAACGCCUGCCCCUGUAGUGAGUGCUCAGCAUGUGCUAGCUCAUUGGUGUUACAAAAGCCCAGGAACUAGGCACAGUUGGCAGGAUCCCCAUCCAACACAUGGCACAGAGAGGUUGUGCCACCUGCCCAAGGUCACACAGCUGGUAAGUUGCAGAGGCAGGAGCUCAGCGUGGGCGACAGGGGAGAGGGGGGUCUCAGGCUGAGUGUGGACUCUGUUCUUCACAUUAUCUGGCAUUUUCAUUCCUUCUCAGCACCCGAUUUGGUGAAUAGUGUAUGGUUUUAAACUCCCAGUUUUAAAUCCUUAGCUGAAUAUUUAAAACCAAAAGGCCAAACGUUCUCCUGCAAAACUGCCCUGGGUGCAAACCUGCCACCUUGCCUUAGCUUCCUGGAGCUCUGUGAAGCUUCCUGGACACGGUCAUCAGAGCAUGGGACAGAUGGGAAAAUGAGGUUUGGGAGAGCGAGGCCUUGCCCAAGGUCACAGCUGAUGAUGACCUGCCCCUGGUUGGGCCUGUUGACUGUUGGGCAGUGCUGGGUGCCAGGUGCAGGACUGGUGCUCGAGACAGAGCAAGGGGGUGGGUGCAGAUGGGAUGCCAGGCAGCAGAGACUCUCUGGCUUUCGCUGCAGAACACCCUUUCCUCAACCUCAGCAAACACCCCGCUAUGGUCACUGGGUGGGGACAAAGGUCCGCAGAGGUGGCCCUGUCACAGCCAGACACUGUUGACUCUCCUUGGACACCGGACCCAGCAUGGCCUUCAGCUUCCCCCUCUCCUCUCUGCUGACGUUCUCUGAGCCCCUCCUGGGCACCAGCUGCCUCACCAGGAGCUGGGGACACAGCCGCGACCCGACGGCCCAGCCUGCCCUCAUGGAGCCGCUGGUCCAGUAGGGAGACGGGCGUGAGCUGGGCCUUCCCGAGGUGCCGCCCCGGCACGGCCAGGCCAGCAUGGUGGACCACUUGCUUCCAGUGGACGAGACCUUCUCGUCGCUGAAGUGCCCUGUUGGCUAUCUGGGUGACAGGCUGGCUGGCGGGCGGGCAUACCACAUGCUGCCCUCGCCCCUCUCGGAGGACGACAGUGACGCCUCCAGCCUCUGUUCCUGUGCCAGCCCUGACUCGCAAGCCCUUUGCUCCUGCUACAGCGGUGGCCCCAGGGCCGAGGGCCAGGACAGCAUCUUGGACUUCCUGCUGUCCCAGGCCACGCUGGGCGGCGGCGGUGGUGGCAGCGCUGGGGCCAACGGCGGCCCCAUGGCCUGGGGGACCUGGCGGAAAGCACCGGCACCUGUGAAGGGGGAGCAUUUCUGCUUCCCUGAGUUUCCUGUGGGAGACCCCGAUGACGUCCCGAGGCCCUUCCAGCCCACCCUGGAGGAGAUCGAAGAGUUUCUGGAGGAGAACAUGGAGCCAGGGGUGAAGGAGGCCCCGGAAAGCAACAGCAAGGACUUGGAGGCCUGCGGCCAGCUCUCCGCCGGGCUCCACAGGAGCCACCUGCAUCCGGGGGCCGGUGGGAGAGAGCGCUGUGCCCCCCCGCCGGGAGCUGGUGUGGGCGGCAGCCAGAGCCCGGGUGGGGGUCCCGCCCCCGACGGCCCCAUCCCCGUCCUGCUGCAGAUCCAGCCGCUGCAGGUGAAGCAGGAGUCUGGCGCCGAGCCCGUCUCCCCCGGGCAGGCCGCUGAGAGCGUCAAGGUGGCCCAGCUCCUGGUCAACAUCCAGGGGCAAACCUUCACGCUGGUGCCCCAGGUGGUGCCCUCCUCCAGCUUGAACCUGCCCUCCAAGUUCGUGCGCAUCGCCCCUGUGCCCAUCGCCGCCAAGCCCAUUGGGUCGGGACCCCUGGGGCCCGGCUCCGCCGGCCUCCUCAUGGGCCAGAAGUUCCCCAAGAACCCGGCAGCAGAACUCAUCAAAAUGCACAAGUGUACUUUCCCCGGCUGCAGCAAGAUGUACACCAAAAGCAGCCACCUCAAGGCCCACCUGCGCCGGCACACGGGCGAGAAGCCCUUCGCCUGCACCUGGCCGGGCUGCGGCUGGAGGUUCUCGCGCUCGGACGAGCUGUCCCGGCACCGGCGCUCGCACUCGGGCGUGAAGCCCUACCAGUGCCCCGUGUGCGAGAAGAAGUUCGCGCGCAGCGACCACCUGUCUAAGCACGUCAAGGUGCACCGCUUCCCCCGCAGCAGCCGCGCGCCUCGGCCCUGACCCUGACCGGGCCGGCGCCGCCUGCCCACCCGCCCCGCCCGGUACUUUGUAGCAAUAAGUUAUUGGCCUCCUUCAGAGGGACUUGUCGACGUUCCAGGCCACCUUCUGGAGCCCGGGAUGCGGACCCAGCGCUUCCACCCGCCCCCGCCUGGAGGGGGGGCCUGGAGGCGGCCUGGGGGCCCUAGUGCCUUCCUGCGGCCCGGCCCCUCCCCCGCUGGGCUCCCCGCCUGGGCCAGGGCUAGCGCUCGAUUGCUGGGGAAGAAGAAAUGUGCAGUUUUGAAAUGUCAGUUCCCGGAGGGAGCCGUGCCGGGAAGAAGGAAGUAGGCCAGAAGUCCGGGGCUGCACUGGAGUGUGAGCGUGGCUUCGUCCCUUGGCCUGACCCCUGGAGGGUACGGUGGGGCGGUCUGGGGUGCAGGACCUGGCCUCCGGGUGGAUGUGGGAUUGGGUGACAAGCCCCCUCUCGGCGAGGUGGCAGUGCAUGUGCUUGAGUUAAAUGUGCCGGGCAGACGGACAGGUGCAGGUCUGCCCCAGGGCGAUGGUACCGGUGUGGCUCAGCCCCUCAUCCUGUUUCCAGACAAAUCCAGACAGCAGCCUCCGGGGUCACCUUCAGGAAGAGAGGGGAGCCGCUGCAUUGCGUGUAGAAGAGCUAGAUAGAGCCUCCCAAAAUCCUGAUUUAGAAAUGCAUUCCUUAUUUUGUCUAGAAAUUAAUAUCAAAUGAACUAGCUUGUUUUGAGAGGUUUAUUUCACAUCCUAUGAAUGUAUGUAAAUAAAAUGUACAUAGGUGCAUCUACAUAAAAUCUUUUAAUAACAUGUCAACAUUGUGUAAAUUUGAAAUAAAAUCUAUAAAGCUGGUGUA